CGGGGUGGGCGGGGCGGGAGAGGACAGCGAAGCAGGGAGAGCGGGGCGCGGGCAGCCCGGGCCGGGGGUCCCGUCUGCCGGCACUGGACGGACGGGCCGAGCCCGGAGCGCCGCCAUGGGCCCGGGGCCCCCGGCGGCCGGAGCGGGGGCGCCCCCGCGGCCGCUAUCCCUCGUUGCGCGGCUGAGCUACGCCGUGGGCCAUUUCCUCAACGACCUCUGCGCGUCCAUGUGGUUCACCUACCUGCUGCUCUACCUGCACUCGGUGCGCGCCUACAGCUCGCGCGGCGCCGGCCUGCUGCUGCUGCUCGGUCAGGUGGCCGACGGGCUGUGCACGCCCCUCGUGGGCUUCGAGGUUGACCGCGCCGCAGGCCGCUGCGCCCGCUUCGGCCCGCGCAAGGCCUGGCACCUGGUCGGCACUAUCUGCGUCCUGCUGUCCUUCCCCUUCAUCUUCAGCCCCUGCCUGGGCUGCAACGCCACCACGCCUGAGUGGGUUGCCCUCCUCUACUACGGGCCCUUCAUCGUGAUUUUCCAGUUCGGCUGGGCUGCUACACAGAUUGCCCACCUCAGCCUCAUCCCGGAGCUCGUCACCAACGACCACGAGAAGGUGGAGCUCACGGCUCUCAGGUACGCCUUCACCGUGGUGGCCAGCAUCACCGUCUAUGGGGCUGCCUGGCUUCUGCUCCACCUGCAGGGCUCUCCCCACAUGGGGUCCACCCAGGAUGUCUAUGACCAGCUGGGGGUCCAAGAUGUGCCGGUGUUCCGGAACCUCUCGCUGUUGGUGGUGGGCGUUGGAGCUGUCUUCUCACUGCUGUUCCACCUGGGCACCAGGGAGGGGCGCCGGCGGCAGGUGGAGGAGCCAGAUGAACACAGCCCUCUGUUGGCCCCUGCUACUGCCCGGCCCUUGCUGCUCUGGAAACACUGGCUUCGGGAGCCAGCCUUUUAUCAGGUAGGCUCGCUGUACAUGAGCACGAGGCUCAUUGUGAACCUGUCCCAGACAUACAUGGCCAUGUACCUCACCUACUCCCUCAACCUGCCUAAGAAGUUCAUCGCCACCAUCCCACUGGUGAUGUACCUCAGCGGCUUCCUCUCCUCCUUCCUUCUGAAGCCCGUCAACAAGUGCAUCGGGAGGAAUAUGACCUACUUUGUGGGCCUCCUGGUGAUCCUGGCCUUCGCAGCCUGGGUGGCACUGGCAGAUGAGCUGGGUGUGGCUGUGUAUGUGGUGGCUGUGCUGCUGGGCAUGGGCUGUGCCACCAUCCUCGUCACCUCGCUGGCCAUGACAGCUGACCUCAUCGGCCCCCAUACGGUAGGGCCGCUGAGCCAGUGCGGGUUGGGGUUGGGGACCAGGGCCGAGGCCUGGGAUGCUUACCCCCUGCUCGUGCCCCCCCAGCACAGCGGAGCCUUCGUGUAUGGCGCCAUGAGCUUCUUGGACAAGGUGGCCAAUGGGCUGGCAGUCAUGGCCAUCCAGAGCCUGCACCCCUGCUCCUCAGAGCUCUGCUGCAAAGCCUGCGUGGCCUUCUACCAUUGGGUGAUGGUGGCCGUGACGGGUGGCGUGGGCGUGGCCGCCACCCUGGCUCUGUGCAGUCUCCUGGUCUGGCCCGUCCGCCUUCGGAGCUGUGAGUUGCAGGCCCCGCCACCCCACAAAAGCCCCAAACCAGCCAUGGGUGUGUAGGUCUGGGCCAGGACAGGCCCCGCCCUCCCUAACCCCACUUCCACCCCCUUCUCUUGCAGGGCACCCUGGAGCCCAACCUUGACACCGCCCCAUGGUCCUUUACCCUUUGUAAAUUAACCGCGACUGUGAACGCUCGCUGCCCUACAAGGCCUGCAAGCGGCCCCUUUGCUGCUCUGAUCCCACUCCUGCGUCUGUCCCAUCCCUGCCUGGCUGCGGGGGGGUCAGGUGGGGCUUGGUGGGCAGGAUACCAGCAGCUUCUCCCCGCUAGGGUGGGGACACCGAGCUAGGCCCUCUGGUAUUCAGGGGCUGGUGGGGUCCUUGUGGGUCUGGGGUACCCCAAUCCUGACUCUAACCCACCCCCAGCUGUCUGGAUGAUUCGGGGUGCCCUGUGUUGUGUGGGGGCCGGAUGUGAGGCUCCUGGGUGCUGGGCCUGCCCCGAGCUCAGCCCCGGCCAGCCUAGGGUCUCCUGGGUGCUACUACCGGGUGCCGCCAGGCCCUGGAGGACAGAGCCAUCGCGGAGCCUGCCAGGAGCCCCAGCCUCAGGGUUAGGGGGCUGGGCCCAGACCCUACCCGUGGCGAUGGUGAGGCUCAGCACGCCGGGGCCCCGAGUGCGGCUCCCUGCACCCAGGCCACUGCUGACAGUGAGUAAAGAGCCGCCUGGGGCCAGGACUGUGCCUUGGCCUGGGGCCCGGGGUAGAGGGAGCCGAGGGCAGGAGAGGUCGUCUGUCUGACUCUGCCCUGGAGCUUGGUCACUAGGGUCCUGGUUCAGAGCUCCCUUCAUCUGGCUGCCUGACCUCCCCAGGCCCCAGCCCCAGAGGUGGACAGAUGCCUUGGGGGAGAGGCGCCGGGUCCCUGAAGAGCCACACCGGGCAGCACGAGAUCUUUAUCGGUGACUGGGCAUGUAGACGAGCCGGGGCUGCUGGUUGGUGGAGGGGCAGCAGGGUUCCAGGUCCCACUGCCGGUAGUUCUGGGUGGUGUAGCGUGGGCGCUGGGGCGCCGACAGGUAUGGCCCGUAGUCAGACGCCUGCCACAGCGGCUUGACCCCGAAUUGGUGUCUGUGGAUCACUGGGGGGCCAGGACCCGGGUCACUGGCUGGCCCCGCCUCCUGGCCCCCAGCCCCUGGGUCGCCUGCCCCUGGCCCAAGCUCACCGUACUCCUCGUCCCGGUUGGGUCUGUCUUUCCAUAGCAUGCUCCCGUACUGUGUGCGGGGGCCCCUGUACUGCGCAGGGAUGAUGGGGUCGUACCAGGCGGUCUCCCGGAGACGCUGGGUGUAGGCUGUGGGGUAGGGGUCAGGGGUCAUCUCUGCACCUGUGGGCCUCACCCUCCCCUGCAAGCGAGCCUGGUGUCAGGGAGGGCCGGGCUGGGCACUCACCCGAGGGCAUGCUGGGCAUGCUGCGCUCCCGGGGCGGGGGGGGGGGCUGUGGCAUCCGUGCCUGCGGGCAUAAGCCUCGAAGUGUGGGCUGUCCAGAGCCCGAGGGAGCAUGUUCCAGGCUUCUCGAGAGUCCGAGUUGGUCAGGCCCGUGUACCACAGCUGGCCGGCCGCGUCGCGUCCCAUGGGUGUGUACUUCCAGCGCAUCUCCUGCUUGAUGGCCGGUGUCUGGCAGGGCCCCUCCUGGGACAGGUAGUCAUUGCUGAGGGCAGGGGUGGGAGGAGAGAGACUGAGUUUUCAGCCCCCCUGCCCUCUCCGGGCCUCUUCAUCCCCAUCACCAGCACUGAGGGUGCAGAAUGCAGAAGCCUGGCCCGAGGUGCGGGGGGCCUUGUCUGUCCUUCAGUACUGGACACCCUCCCACCUAGGCUGGCAGAGGGCGGAAGGCUGACCCCUUGUAGCCCCUCCUCUCUGCCACAUCCUCCCCAACCCCCAGGACCUCCUAAACAUUUCAUCUUUUCUUGCCUCUACUAAGUCCUUUGCCCAGCCUCCCAGACCUGCAGGCCCUUUCCUCCAGGAAGCCCCCCUGGCCUGGAGGUGCACCAGGAGGACGUGGUCUCAGCUAUGGCUCAGUGAGUGGCGCAGGUUUCACCGUCAUUGGUCUGGCCUGGGAGCCGUGGGCUGGGGACACUGGGAAAGUGUAUGGGGAGCCCAUUCUCCCAGGGAGACCUUCGGGGAACCCUUGUGCCAUCGCCACCCGCCCAGCUAUGGGGGCCAGCGGGGAGUGAAGGCAAGCUCACAUUUAAAGGAGAAACUAUUGCAGCUACACAGGAGUGCCUGUUCCAGGGGCCACUGUUGCCAGAGCCCGUCCCAGGCUGAAAGCAUCAGGAGGGCUCCCCUGAGGAGGUGGCAGUGAUGUGAGGAGACUCCCGCUUGUGCAAAGGCCCUGGGGCAGCAGGGAUGGUGUAAGGAACAGAGGCUGGCAGAGCAAAGAGGGAAGUGGAAAUAUGCUAACGAUGGCAAAAAUCAAACCUCAAUGAGAUACCAUCAAAACUAAAGCUAUCCUUCGGGAACACCCUCACAGCACCACUGCCCAAGAGACAGACAUGGGCACGUGCUUUGACCUGACGAGCUUGCUCCAGGGAGAUGCCCUAGGGAAUGAGCCCGUGGCCCCAAGAUGGUCCAAGCAGGGCUGCUGAUAAAACGUUCUCCCCUGUGCCUGCUUGGAGUUCCCACUCCACACGGAAGACCAGAAACCCACGUGUUUCAUAAGAGGUGGGCUCGGCCUGGUCAGUUCUGGGAAGUGGCCGCAGGCUGCUUUGCCACUUGCAGGGAGGGGAGUUUGGGGACCGUCUGGCAGGCCCCACUCUUUUGAACUACAAAAUGAACCAAAACUACAAAAUGCACCUGGCUUGUAAAAA